AUGUCAUCACCGCUCAUACAGAGCGUCUCAUCUCUCCCACCUUUCCAGCAAUACAUGCGCCGCCUUUCCGACUCGUUUAGCUUAUCGCAGACGAACGUUGAUCCUAUCCAAGAGAUUGUCUGGUUGCAAUUCGCUCAUCAUUCAUACUUCAAUACAGCUGUUGUGUAUAGCCUAGGUGAUAGCCCAGUACGGGGACUGGAAAGCUCGUUUACAGCGCUGUUCAAUUCAUCGACACAGGUUCUCCUGAUUCACGUAACCGACCAAGGAAAACCAGAACCCACACUGGGAUCGGCUGGCAGGGUCGUCGAUGCCGCAGUCACAGGGUUUGACGGCUUGGAUCUCAUCUCGCCUAUCAGCCAGGACGCUAUCGACUACAUCGGUGAAGCGGAUGACAUAUUCAUCAAGGCCGAAGACUUCAGCGAUAGGUAUCAAACCCCCAUGUCCCCCCUGUGCCCAGAAUUGCGCUGGAAAUCUUAA